AUGGAUAUAUUAAUUGAUUUUGUUUCCCAAUUUAUCCAAAAUAGACACGAGGAUGAUCACUUUGAUAGAUUAAAUUAUCAAAUUACUCCCUUCCUUUUUGUCUUGCUUUCUCUUGUAAAUAUUUCUAAGCUCUAUAUUGGUUCAGCCAUUAAUUGUUUUGCCAAAGCAGAAUUUAAGGAAGGCUGGGUACAAUAUACUAAUGAUUAUUGUUUAGUUGAAAAUACUUAUUAUAUUAGAAGCGAUGAAAGAAUUCCGUUACAAAAAGAAUUGAGAAAUCGAGAAAGAAUUGCUUAUUAUCAGGCAUGUUGUGUUGUGUUGUGGGUUCCAUUUAUUUUAAUCCUUCAAGCAUGUUCUUUCUACAUUCCCCAUCUUAUUUGGAGAUCUUUUAAUUGGCUAAGUGGUUUUCAAGUUAAAGCUGUUGUUUCUGCUUCCAAAGAAAUUGAACAACAAACAAAUGAUGAAGUAACUAAAAUAAUUGCAAAGUCGCUCUUCCACGCUUCACAACAACAACAUCAACCGAUAUGUUUUGUUCAAAAACAACAUUUUGUCGGCUUCCUCUUUCUAACAAUGAAAUUAGCCUAUGUUUUACUCAUUUGUUUUCACCUUUGUUUAUUCAAAUUUUUUAUUGGCAAUAUAGAUUUUGCUAUUGGAAUUUUAGAUCAUAAAGGGGAAUGGAGACAAUCAGGCAUUUAA